AUGGAUAACCUGGACAACGAGCAACAGUCGGUCUAUACUGUACUGGUUACAGGCGCAAACAGUGGGCUAGGCUUCUCGACCUGCUGCCGCCUCAUUGAUGAAUUCCUGCACUCGCGACCUCAGACCCAGACACUCCACCUCAUCAUAACCACGCGGUCGUCCUCGAAAAACAAAGAUACUCAAACACGACUGUCCGCGCAUCUCCAAAAGACACUGCAGAAGGCCGACAAGUCGACUCCGGGAAUCAGCAAGGUACUCGCGCCGCGAAUCAGGAUCUCUGGCGAGCAAGUGGACUUGUGUAACUUGCGCAGCGUCAAAGAGCUUGGAGAGAAAUUGGUACAAGCAGGCAAUCGCAUUGAUGUGCUGGUGUGCAAUGCAGGCAUUGGUGGGUGGAAAGGAUUGAACUGGCCCAGUGCCGUUUGGUCCAUGAUGACAGAUUGGAAACAUUCUUGCACAUAUCCAACCUACAAACUAGGCUUCGUAGGAUCUGUCGCAGUCCAAGGCAAUGAAGAGAAGGAUCAACAGCUGGGAGAAGUGUUCACGGCAAAUGUGUUUGGUCAUUACUUGCUUGCUCAUGCACUUGCACCUUUGAUGAAGGGAACUGAGUCUCAAGAACCUGGUCGCAUUAUCUGGAUCUCGAGUAUUGAGGCCUAUGCUCAUGCCUUCAAUCCUGAAGACUUGCAAGCGUUGACCUCAGACGCAGCUUACGAGUCUUCAAAACGUCUUACUGAUCUUCUGGUCCUGACUUCCGAGCUACCAUCCACUGCAUCCUCGACAAGCACAUUCCUUCAGGAAAAGGGCGAUGACAAGCACAAGAAACCGAUCAUGUACCUCGCUCACCCAGGUGUUUGCGCAACCAGUAUCGCAGACUUGCCGCUGGUGCUGUGGUACGCCAUGUUAUUUGCUCAAUACGUCGCUCGCUGGUUAGGUUCGCCCUGGCACCCUGUAUCCUCGUAUCUCGGUGCCGUAUCCAGCGUUUGGCUCUCUCUAGCUCCCUUUUCAUCUCUGGCGCAACAAGAAUCUACAGAGGGAAAAGCCAAAUGGGCAAGCUCGACAGAUGUAUUUGGCAACGAACGCGUUGUGCGGACAGAAGUCGGUGGAUGGGGAUGGGGAGGCAAGGUAGGAGAACAAGCAGAUGGAAAGAUGAGAUUGAGUGCGAAUAGAUGGAGAGGUCAAAAGGAUUUGACCAAAGAGUCGAGAGAGGAGUUUGAGGUACUUGGGCAAAGGGUUUGGAGGGAAAUGGAAGAGUUGAGAAAGACUUGGGAGAAGAGGUUGCAAGGUUGA